UAUCGCGGCCCGGAAAUGAGGAAUUCCCCAGUGUUCCCAUCGAACGGUCCACGAACCAUUACUCUCAUCGGACGGCUGAUAAAACCGAUUGGAGAGCCAGGGUUGCGUUAUAUCCACGGGGAAAAGCAAAGCAAAGCAAAGGAGAGACGGCUCCGAUUCCAUCUUCUCCACCGUUCCCCUUUGCUGCGGAAUCCAUUGCGCUCCAGUGAAGAAGAGGCUACCGAGUCGCGAUCUCCGCCGAGCACCAUGGAUGACCCAGAGUUGGAAGCUAUCAGGCAGAGAAGAAUGCAAGAGCUAAUGGGACAGCGUGGUGCGGCAAAUCCACAAAAUGCAGGCCAACAAAAAGCUCAGGAAGAUGCAAAGCAGGAAGCUGAGGAACGCCGACAGAUGAUGCUUGCUCAGAUACUGUCUUCUGAAGCUAGAGAAAGGCUUUCAUUAUUGGGAGUGCAUGUCCUAGAUAAAGAGGCUGGAAAUAAUCAUAAAUCUGCUCUUUUAAAGUGGCCCAAUUGGAGAGGAGACUGUAGGCUUAGUACAUCUUUACUCUGUUUGAAAUUGGCAGUCUCCCGCAUAGCUUUGGUCAAACCUGAUAAGGCAAGAGGGGUGGAGGAUGUUAUACUGAGAGCAGCACAAACUGGUGGAAUAUCUGAAAAGGUGUCUGAAGAAAGGCUCAUCUCACUUCUGGAGCAAAUCAACACCCACACAACCAAACAAACCAAAGUGACGAUUCAGAGGCGUCGCAAUGUUCUUGAUGAUGAUGACUAGCUGCAAAGACUGCUAUACUGAGUGUACCAUGAGCUAGCUAUGGACCGAACGGGUGUGGCAUAGUUUGCUUAAUUCAACAACUGUCCAAACUGGGACAAACUAUUUGAUGGAUCUUGUGUUGUAUAUGAUUCGAAUAUUAUUUGGGAUUUUACAUUUCUUAGGGGCAAAACUGUUGCAUGUGUCCCAUCUACCCUUGAAACUCUCGAUGUCACUCCUAAGAUGUAGUCGUUGAUUUAUUCAAUAUUGUCAUCAUAAUCCAGUCGUGUUGUGGUUUUGUGGGUGA